AUGUCGAAGCGAACUGUAUUCACCACCGUGACGCCCCUUCCGGCGGUCGUCACCCGCCAAGUCGUCCUCGACUUUCUCCAUGACUACGAGGAGAUGAUCGACUUGAACCCCUUAGUCAAAGAGCGCCACCCUAUUCCACCUCCGUCACACGCCCCAGCAGACGAACUCCACUGCCAGUGGUACUCUCUGACCGACAAGAUCUCAUACUUCCCCGGGGUGAGCGGCGACGUCACUUACACAUGCGCCUUCAAUGAUCUACCAACCGGUCUCCAGACACACUGCUACGCACCGGCAGGGCUGACAAUCCGUGAUAAAUGGACGGUCGGCGGUUCUCUCCCAGGGGAACCCCCGCAACCUCUCGAGCUAGGUCUUAAGGCGCCUUCGACGGGACUAUAUCUCCGUGAAGAUGUCGAUAUGCGCUGCAAUGUAAUCAUGACGAGCUUUGUGAAGAAGACGCUCAAGAAGGCACACUCCGCUCUGGUCGACCGUUUGAGGAUCAAAGCCGAGAUUGCGAGCACCUCCAGCAGGCGCAGGAGCAGUAGGGACAGCAGAAGCGCCGUGGUUUCUCCCGAGCCGAGCAUGAUGUCGACCAUGGGAAGCACCGCGCCAAGUAGCAUCAGCAGCAUCAGCAGCCAAUACCCCCAUGUAGCCGACUGCGUACCGACCAGCCGCCCCUCCUCCGCCGCAUCUUCUGUGUCCUGCUAUAGCGUGCAGAGCAGUCCAAUGUGGUCACCACCAGCAAGCACCCUCGGAACAAGCCCCGCGCUGUCCGCCUCGAGCCCACCACCAACUCACGGCGGCAACCCCCAACAGCCAGGCGAACUACCAGGCGAACUUCCCGCAAGCGAACUUUGCGCAGAGCAAUCCAAGCAGCAACCCGCGGCACUAGCACCACCAUCACGGCCGCCACCGCCGCCACCGGCACCCACAUCCAUCCCCGAGUUCACCUUCGAACCGAUAUCCAUCACCCUCUCCGAACCGCCCACCCACUCCGACCCCGACACCCCCUUCCUGCGCAACGCCAAACCCGCCACCCCCUCGCGCACCAUCGACCCCGACACCCCCUUCCUCCGCAACGCCAAACCCGCCACCCCCUCGCGCACCAUCGACCCCGACACCCCCUUCCUGCGCAACGCCAAACCCGCCACCCCCGCGCGCACCACCACCCUCGAGCCAGAAACCCCCUUCCUGCGCAACACCAAACCCAACUGGCCGCUCGCCCCGCCCAACGACGACGACGGCAGCAACAACUGGCCGCUGAAACCCGCGGCGGCCCCGUGCCAGCAACAACAACAACCACAGGAACAAUCCCGUCCCCGCCCCCGCCCCCGGCCCCAGACGCACCUCUUCAUCCAGCCGUACCGCCCGCCCCAGCCGCCGGCGGGGUCGGCCGCGCACUCGCCCGCUUCUAGCAUCGGCGCUGAGUCGGGGCUGUCGGGGGAUGCGCUGUGGCAGGCUCUGGGCGGCGGACGGGUCGGUGUGGCGAAGGGUGCUGGUGCUGGUGCUGGUGCGGAUGCGGGUUCGGGUGGGGGUGGGUACCAGCAUGCUCGUGCGCGGAGCUAUGGGCAGCCGCCGGCGUGUGCGACUGGGUAUGGCGCUGCGUAUGGAGUUGGGAAUGGGUAUGGGUCUGGGCCUGUGUACGGGCAUGGCAACGGGCGUGUGUAUAGCUCGGGGCAUCCGGAUUAUCCGCAGUUGAGUCCGUAUGAUGGGGAGAGUGCGGCGAGCCCUGUAGCUGCGGAUGGGGGGGUGAGGCGCGUGAGCAUGCCGCCGCCGCCCAAAAGGGUGCCGGUGCCGGGGACGGCGGGCCAGAAGGCCACGCUGAAUGGGCCGUUUGUUGCGAACUUGGAUUGA